CCUUUCUAACGCAGUGUCAGGGUCAUCAGAGCCCAGGCUACUUGCGAAAACCUUCUUGCCUGCUCCUGGUCUUCUCAGUCUUGCUUCCUUAUCCUGUGCACUUCUUACACCCUACCGAGGGUACUUUAAACCUUUUCUUGGUCAUCCUCUAUGACCUGGCCUCGCCACAACCAUUCCCUUGACUGGCCUUUCUCGUCGACUCAUUCCACAUGCAUUCUUGACUAAAACCCAGAGCUUACUGGCCCGUUCCCAACCCCUUCCCCCAUUUUCGCAAAUGUUCCCUCCCCCAAACCUGGGUCAUGUCGCUCUCGCUGUCCCAAGAGCUGCUCCAGAAGCGUCACUCGCUACGGCGGUAACGACGACGCUGCCAACCCAUCAUCGACCGACCAUCGGUGCCUUUAAACCCGAUGUGGACGACGAUCCUACGCCGAGCGUAAAUGCCAUCAUCGUGACCAUGAGCAUCCCUGUGGUGGGCUCCCCGACUUCGACCCCCGAUCCGGAGAUCGAGAAAGGCGAAUGCAGCCUCCUCGGCCCCUUCGCGCUGCUCGUGCAGCUCGCUCUCGGCGCCCUCGCCUUGCUAUCGCUGGUGUACAAGCGGUGGAGGGAACGGCCUCAGCGGCCCGUCAAGAUCUGGUUCUUCGACGCGUCGAAGCAGGUGUUCGGGAGCGUUCUGGUGCACAUGGCCAACGUCUUCAUGUCGUUGCUCACCUCCGGGAGGUUCGAUAUCAAGACGGACCCUAUUGCUGUCGGACAUGUGGCCCGAAGGGCAGUGAUGAUGCUCGUGCGGAGGGGCGAUGAAUAUACGCCGAACCCGUGCUCGUUUUACCUCUUGAAUCUCGGGAUUGAUACGACGCUAGGAAUUCCAAUCUUGAUAUUUCUAGUGCGAUUUACCACAAAGCUGGUAUCAUACACGCCGUUCGGCCAACCCCCCGACUCGAUACAGAGCGGCUACUACGGCAACCCGCCCAACGCGUGGUGGUGGUUCAAGCAGAGCAUCAUCUACUUCUUCGGCCUAUUCGGCAUGAAGAUCUGCGUUCUCAUCAUGUUCCUGGCGCUACCGUGGAUCGAGCGCGUCGGCGACUGGGCCCUGGGCUGGACCGAGGGCAAUGAGCAGCUCCAGAUCGUCUUCGUCAUGAUGCUCUUCCCUCUCAUUAUGAACGCCCUGCAGUACUACAUCAUCGACUCCUUCAUCAAGAAGGAGGUGGUUGUUUCCGACGACGAGUCGGGGACGGCGACACCUCCUGAGUAUGCGGGGCUGGCCACCGGCGAGGACGUGGACAGCGACGCUUCCGGCGACGACGACGACGACAUCAGGAAAUCCCGCCCUGAAGACGUGAGGCUGUCGAGGCGGGACAGGUCACAGGACCGCGAGUACGAUCCCGCCGUGGACGGCGACAGCCAGACCGUCGUGGGCAGCAGCGCUGGCGGCCCGGUGGCUGUGGCGGCGGCGGCGGCGGCGUCGUCGUCGGAAAGGGGUCGGCUGCUGCCCAAGGAACUAUAGCCUACUUACCGAGUAGAGCAUCGGGUUAGUCAAUGUACGUAUCGGAGGCGCCUUCUCCCUUCCAUUUUUCAUAUACCAACCAGGGCCGGGACUCUUUUUACAUACGGUGAUCCUUGGUUAUCUAUAUUGGGGAAACCUCUUUUGGGGCUUACGGAUCCGAGAAAACUAUAAUACAUGUAAUCCGUACCGCAUCUUCUGGUAGUCUGGCGUUCGUUCGGCUGGAGUACUCCGAGGGACUCGGUUAAUAAACACCUGGGCACAAAUGAUUUGUCUUUUCCACUUUCACUCACCACCCUAGCUCAAAUUGUGACCAUGCCACACAUUAAAGAUUCCUCUCCUGGCUCGUUUUCCCACUUUACUCAAGAGAAACGUGUGCAUUGUGUAGACAAGCAUAACGCGCAUAUACAGCCCACUAGCAAGCGAGCGG